AUGUCUUGGAAGAACAGAGGAUUGGAGUCCAGCUCAAAGGGGGUUUUAUCCCAAAAACUGACCAUUUUGCUUUGUAUUGGAUGUUUUUGUGCUGGGAUGCUAUUCACCGACAGAAUGUGGGAAGUACCAGAUGCAAACGGUACAACAAGAACACCAUCAGCUGAAGACAAGAAGUUAAAGCUUGUUGCGGACUGUGAAUCCAAAGAUAAUACUGAAACAAAAUCCCAUAAUAUUCUUGGAGAAGUUUCAAAGACACAUCAUGCCAUACAAACACUUGAUAAAACUAUUUCAAAUUUGGAGAUGGAAUUAGCUGCUGCAAGGGCUUUGCAAGAUUCUCUGCUUACUGGCUCUCCUUUAUCUGAAGACCUGAGGAUGCCAGAGUUGGCCAAAAAAAGGAAAUAUCUAAUGGUUGUAGGCAUUAAUACAGCUUUCAGCAGCAGGAAGAGAAGAGAUUCUAUCCGAGCCACAUGGAUGCCACAAGGCGAGAACCGAAAGAAGCUUGAGGAAGAGAAGGGCAUCAUUAUUCGUUUUGUUAUAGGUCACAGUGCUACAUCUGGUGGUAUCCUUGAUAGAGCUAUAGAAGCAGAAGACAAGAAACAUGGGGACAUCUUGAGGCUGGAACAUGUUGAAGGCUACCUUGAACUAUCUGCGAAAACCAAGACAUAUUUCACUACAGCAGUUGCAUUGUGGGAUGCAGACUUUUAUGUUAAAGUUGAUGACGAUGUUCAUGUUAAUAUAGGAACCCUUGGAGCAACUCUAUCCAGACAUCGUUCAAAACCCAGAGUGUAUAUAGGGUGCAUGAAAUCCGGGCCUGUUCUUUCUCAGAAGGGAGUGAGAUAUCAUGAACCUGAGCAUUGGAAGUUUGGGGAGGAUGGAAACAAGUAUUUCCGUCAUGCUACUGGUCAGCUAUAUGCUAUUUCUAAAGAUUUGGCGACCUAUAUUUCUAUCAAUCAACAUGUGCUUCAUAAGUAUGCCAAUGAGGAUGUUUCACUGGGAUCCUGGUUUAUUGGUUUGGAUGUGGAACACAUAGAUGAUCGGAGAUUAUGCUGCGGAACUCCACCUGGUGAGAUUGUGAGUGGAAGGCUCAGGCAGGCAACAUUUGUGUUGCAUCAUUUGACUGGAGAUGCAGUGGAAUUUGCAAUUCAGUCGACAGGAUCAAGGAGGUACAUCGCAGAUGCGGGGAGGGCGAAAAUGCUCUUUGGUCUGCUUCAUUUUGAUGAGGAGCCAAGCAUGUCUUCCAAACUCUGGAAGGCUUUUGUUCCAGUUGUUCUGCAACUGAAAAUGGGGAUUCUUGAAGAAAAUGUAUCUGGGCUCAAAGCCAUUGAUUGUGGGCUGAGGUUGUUUCUUCUGCCUUUCAGCAUUGCUGCCUUGUGGCUAACUCUGACGAACAAUCAAGAGAAUAGCAGCUAUGGCAAAGUUGUUUCUAGCCACUUCACUGGAUUCAAGUACAUGGUUUACAUCAGUGUAGUCUCGACUGUUUAUGCUUUGUUAGCAGCCAUUUCUUUGUGGGUCAGAUGUUUAGUUGCUCAAGCUUGGAUCUUUUUCGUCUCGGAUCAGGUGAUGGCAUACUUAAUGGUUACUUCAAUGGCUGCAUUAGGGGAGAUACUCUACUUGGCCAAAAAUGGAGAUCAGAAAGUAACAUGGAGUGAAGCUUGUAGUUCAUAUGGAAAGUUUUGCAACAGAUUGAAGCUGAUUAUAGGGUUACAAGUUGUGGCCCUUUGUUGUUUUCUACUUCUAGCAGUUAUAUCAGCUUACAGGCUCUUCAGUAGAUUUGAUCCUCCCAUCAUUCAAUCUAAGGAAGCUACUGAGGAAGAACAGAAUUGA